AUGGCACGCUAUUUCUGCGAACCUCUUUCGCAGACUGAGUAUGACGUCGUGAUACUGGGUACAGGUCUGCCUGAGUCAAUUCUUGCUGCUUCACUAGCUCUGGCUGGAUCCAGAGUUUUGCAUCUCGACCCAAAUAGUUUCUAUGGGGGCGAAUGGGCUACAAUACCGUUGUCGCAGAUCGAUCAGCUGGUUGCUGAUUCUGUAACAGCACCUGCCGAAGACAAUCACUUGCGCAUGUACCAAACGCCCGGGGCUGAUGUCAAAGAGCAAAUUGAACGAGAAUUGGGACCGCAUUAUCAGUUGAGAAACCUACCAGAAGUAUUUGCACACCGGCGAAUGUUUCCAGAUGGUCUGCGUCUUAUGGCUCCAAACAAUCCGGUUUCAGAACAGAUUCCACCAGAAAGAACCCGGGAAUUUUGUUUGGAUUUCACACCCCGCCCUCUCAUGGCGGCUGGUGCGAUGAUCGACUUGCUCGUCCGGACAAAUGUAGGACACUACCUCGAUUUCCGAGGACUUGAUGGCUUGUAUGUAGAGUUUGGCGAGCCGCACGGUUUACAACAUGUUCCGGGCUCAAGAUCGGAUGUAUUUCAGAAUCGAUUUGUGUCUAUGAUUGAAAAGCGGUUGCUCAUGAGAUUUGUGAAGAAGUGUUACGACGGAAGAGACAGUCUGGCGAAUGAGACAGAACAAGAAAUCGAAAACCGCACUUUUUUAGACGAGAUGUCCGAGAUGGACUUGACGGAGAAGCUUCAGGAGUUUAUCCUACAUUCAAUUGCCUUUGCCACUGGAAAGGAGACUAGCCUCGGCAGAACUGAAGGGAUGGACAUGGUCCGGACGUAUCAACAAUCCAUGAUGAAGUAUGGGACGAAAACUCCAUUCCUUUAUCCUAAUUAUGGGUGGGGAGAAGUAGCACAAGCGUUCUGUAGGCUAUGUGCGGUAAAUGGUGGCGUGUACGUGCUGCGAAGGGGCUGGACGUCAGUUAUUUCGGGAAAUGGGGAGGGAGAAGAGAGCGAGAGCUCUUCACGGGGGGCACUGCCGAAUGAGAGUACCGUUGCGGGUGUGGUAACGACCGAGCAAGAA